AUAGUGUCGAAGAAAUACUUGUCGUUUAUCGCACUUUUUUAAAUGAAACGUAGUGUGAGAGAAAAAAAACUGACGAAUCAAGCACAUUGUAUGGACCUUUAUUUACACGCGCGCUAUUUGAUUUGAUUGACAUUUAUCUCAGUAAGAUCACUACUACAAGUGAAGAACACAGCAGGAGACCCUCGACGUGACAGAUAAGUUACUGUGAUCGAAUUGUUGUUUUAUACUCAUUUUUUGAAAAAAGAAAUUUUGAAAUUUGCUCAUUUUGCGGUGACUUGGUAAACAGCUGUGUUAUUCUACGCCAAGUGAAUUAUGGAUACUACUGUACCGUUUACUACAUCAUCCGUUGUUGAACAAACAUCUAGCACCACAUGCCCAACCCCCUACUACACGUACAACAACGAUCAACAAGCCUAUGCAGAUUAUUACAGAUCAGGAGCAUAUCGAACAGCUUCACAGUACACAAAUUUAUCAAGUCCAUAUUAUCCAAACCCUUAUACAGAUGGACACUACCACCACCACUACUAUUCAACCUACCCGAUGCUGAGCAUGCAAAACCAACAAAAAGAACUGGUAAAACCUCCCUACUCUUAUAUUGCUCUUAUAUCGAUGGCUAUACAAAGUUCACCUGAUAAGAAAUUAACUUUGAGUGGUAUAUACCAAUUUAUUAUGGAGCGUUUUCCUUAUUAUAGACAGAAUAAACAGGGCUGGCAAAAUUCGAUUCGUCACAACCUCAGUCUAAACGAAUGCUUUCUAAAAGUACCAAGAGAUGAUAAUAAACCAGGCAAAGGUAGUUACUGGUCCCUUCAUCCGGAUUCAAUGAACAUGUUUGAAAAUGGCAGCUAUUUAAGAAGACGUAGAAGAUUUCGUAGAAAAGAUAUGAAAAAGGAAGACGAUGACUUGGAGGAUGGAGCAGAAGAAGAUCGCGAAUCUGAUGAAUCAGAAAUUUGGGUUUCUACUGAAGCUAAACAUUCAAAACCAGCUGAUGAAAAUAAAAAACCACCUGUCGAACUAAAAUCAAAACGCAGCGAAAAAAACAAUACUACUAAUUCAUCUAAAGAAGAAACAACUGAAGAUCUCUCAUCCAAGAUCACUAUUAAAUCAGAAAAAACUACAGACAUCCAUUGUGACUUGACCAUUGAAAGUCUAUCUGAUAAAAACAAUGAAAUCGAAAAUAAACCUUCACCUCAAAAUCUUCAAAAGCAAGACGAGGUAAAAAUUAUUAGCACACACCAACAUCAACAAAUCAACGCGUACGAAAAUAAUAGUCAAAUAUUUCAAAAAACGACACCAUACACCGAAGCUAAUUUAACGUAUACGAAUCUCGAUUCAAAUUUUUUAAACUACCAUUUGAGUUAUAAUAUGAACGAAUCAUCAAAUGCACAUCGUUACGUCAAUGAAAAACAUUUAACAAACGUUCCUGGUCUCGAUUACAAUAUACGAUCCGCAAGCGUCGACUCAAAUCAUAUUAAUCGAGAUAAUUCAACGUCAUCUCGAUUAAACGAAUUGGCUUCUUCAUCAAAUGAGAUGUAUACUUUACCGCGUUUUAUUACUUCUCCAAGCAGCAAUUUUCAGCAAAAUGAGUCUAGAGAUUUUUAUCCAGCAAUAAAUGUAACAUCAUAUGGAAGUUUUUCUUCUGCAGUGCAGGAACAAGACCGUGUGAGUUCAUACUAUACCCCGUACAGAGCAUCAGCUACUCCUACAUAUCCUUAUUAAGCGAGUUUUAAUUUUUAUUUGACAUUUUCGUAACGUAUAGACAAGUACAUAGGGAAAUUUUUUUUUACUAAUGAAAGUUCUUUUUUAUAUAUAUUUGUAUUUAUUGGCAUUUAUUAUGUUUAUAUUUUUUUAAUUUCGAAUCUUUUAGUUAAUACUCAUCUUAAAACAGUUUUUAAAUAAAGUAUAUAAAAAGUUAUGAAAAGUGUAUAGAAUAAUGAAAUUAUAUUUUUUUAAAAAUAAAGUAAAACAAAUUUUUUAUAAAAGAGUACUUAAGUAUGUCUAAGUUAUUUUUCUAACUGAAUUGCAUCCUACACGGUCCUUUAUAUAAAAACUUUUAUAUAUAGAUUAAACUUAGAUUAUAUAACUGUAAAAAAUGUUUUAACGAAUUAAAAAAAACUAUUGAUUUUUCCUAA